AUGAAUCAAGAGUCACAAAAUGGUUCUUCGGAACAAAAAUAUAUUCGACCUGCUUACAACGAAAUGACGAGCAAAGAUUAUUACUUCGAUUCUUAUGCUCAUUUUGGUAUUCACGAGGAAAUGCUGAAAGAUGAAGUGAGGACAGUUACCUAUAGAAAUGCCAUUUAUCAUAACAAGCAUUUGUUCAAAGAUAAAAUUGUGAUGGAUGUUGGAUCUGGUACUGGCAUUCUUUCGAUGUUCGCUGCUAGAGCAGGUGCUAAAAAAGUGAUUGCAGUUGAAUUUUCAAAUAUGGCAACUCAGUCGAAGCAAAUUGUCAAAGAUAACAAUUUGGACCACAUAAUUGAAGUUGUCCAUUGCAAAGUGGAAGAUAUCACUGAAUUACCUGAUGGAAUAGAACAGGUGGAUGUGAUUAUUUCCGAAUGGAUGGGUUACUGCUUAUUCUAUGAAUCAAUGUUGAAUACCGUGAUCUUCGCCAGAGACAAAUGGUUGAAAUCGUGCGGAGCGAUGUUCCCGGACAGGGCUAGACUGUAUCUCUGUGCUAUUGAAGAUCGCCAAUAUAAAGAUGACAAAAUCAACUGGUGGGAUAAUGUAUAUGGUUUCAAUAUGUCAAGUAUCAGAAGAGUUGCCAUAACUGAGCCAUUGGUAGAUGUUGUUGAUCAAGGACAGGUGGUCACCAACAAUUGUCUCAUCCGUGAUAUAGACUUAUAUACAGUCAAGGUGGAGGAUCUUUCGUGGUCACAAGAGUAUUCUUUGCGUAUCGUACGUAACGACUAUGUACAGGCUCUUGUGACUUUCUUCACUGUGGAAUUCACGAAAUGCCAUAAACGAACAGGUUUUUCAACAAGCCCAGAGUCACAAUACACUCAUUGGAAGCAAACCGUAUUUUACCUUCAGGAAGCACUGACGUGCAAAAAAGAUGAAGAAAUAACUGGAUGUUUCUCAGUUACGCCUAAUGCUCGUAACGAACGGGAUUUGGAUUUCAAAAUUUCGGUGAAUUUUCAUGGGGAAGUUUGCGAUGUAGUUGAGGAAAAUGUUUACACAAUGCAUUGA